AUGCUCUUUGAGGGGUUUGAUCUGGUCUCGGCUCUGGCCACCUUCGCCGCCUGCCUGGUCUCGGUGACUUUGCUCUUGGCCGUGUCCCAGCAGCUGUGGCAGCUGCGCUGGGCAGCCACCCGGGACAAGAGCUGCAAGCUGCCCAUCCCUAAGGGCUCCAUGGGCUUCCCCCUGAUCGGCGAGACGGGUCACUGGCUGCUCCAGGGCUCCUGCUUCCAGUCGUCCCGGAGGGAGAAGUAUGGCAACGUAUUCAAGACCCACUUGUUGGGGCGGCCGCUGAUCCGGGUGACGGGCGCCGAGAACGUCCGCAAGAUCCUUAUGGGCGAGCACCACCUGGUGAGCACCGAGUGGCCGCGGAGCACGCGCAUGCUCCUGGGCCCCAACACCGUGGCCAACUCCAUCGGCGACGUCCAUCGCAACAAGAGGAAGGUUUUCUCCAAGAUAUUCAGCCACGAAGCCUUGGAGUCCUACCUCCCCAAAAUCCAGCUGGUGAUCCAAGACACCCUGAGGGCCUGGAGCAGCAACCCUGAGGCCAUCAAUGUCUAUCAGGAGGCCCAGAAACUCACCUUCCGUAUGGCUGUCCGAGUCCUCCUGGGCUUCAGCAUCCCUGAGGAGGACCUCACCCACCUCUUCGAGGUCUACCAGCAGUUUGUAGAGAAUGUCUUCUCCCUGCCUGUCGACCUCCCUUUCAGUGGCUACCGUCGGGGCAUCCAAGCCCGGCAGACCCUGCAGAAAGGGCUGGAGAAGGCCAUCCGCGAGAAGCUGCAGAGCACGCAGGGCAAGGAUUACUCAGAUGCCCUGGACAUCCUCAUCGAGAGCAGCAAAGAGCAUGGCAAGGAGAUGACUAUGCAAGAGCUGAAGGAUGGGACCCUGGAGCUGAUCUUUGCAGCCUAUGCCACCACGGCCAGUGCUAGUACCUCCCUGAUCAUGCAGCUGCUGAAGCACCCCAACGUGCUGGAGAAGCUGAGGGAGGAGCUGCGAGCUAAUGGUAUCCUGCACAAUGGUUGCGUGUGUGAGGGUGCCCUGAGGCUGGACACCCUCAUUGGCCUGCGCUACUUGGACUGUGUCAUCAAGGAGGUUAUGCGCCUCUUCACACCCAUCUCUGGUGGCUAUCGCACUGUGCUGCAGACUUUUGAGCUAGACGGCUUCCAAAUCCCCAAGGGGUGGAGUGUGAUGUACAGUAUCCGGGACACACAUGACACGGCACCAGUCUUCAAGGAUGUUGAUGUGUUCGACCCUGACCGCUUCAGCCAGGCUCGGAGUGAAGAUAAAGAUGGCCGCUUCCACUACCUCCCCUUUGGCGGUGGUGUCCGGACGUGCCUGGGCAAACAUCUGGCCAAGCUCUUCCUGAAGGUGCUGGCAGUGGAGCUGGCCAGCACCAGUCGAUUCGAACUGGCUAGCCGGACAUUCCCGCGGAUCACCCUGGUCCCUGUCCUCCACCCUGUGGACGGCCUCAGCGUCAAGUUCUUCGGACUGGACUCCAACCAGAACAAGAUUCUCACCGAGACUGAGGCCAUGCUGGGGGCCACCGUCUAACGGGGCUCCCUAGUGAUGUAUGCCCCCCACCCACCUCAGCCUUCCCAUAGCUUCAGUGGUGGGGGGAGCCAGCAAAGGAAUGGGGGGGGUUAACAAGGAAACCUGUGUCAGUGUGUGUGUGUGGGGGACCCUGGAAGCAAAGAGAAAAGGCUGAGGGGGGAGGAGAGAGGAUCCAAAAGCUUUUCUCUCCUUUCCUUUGGUGGCCCGCACUGUCUGGCCAAUGCCAAAAGGGUCAUCCCCACAAUACGGGGCUGGAGCAAGGGGUUGGUUUCCCUUCUCUGACUCCCCUCCCCUUUCCCUAGUCUCUCCCAGCCCAGCGCCUCAUUCCUCCCUGCUUGGGGUGGAAUUGCUUGGUGCUGCACCAGCACCAAGAAGGCUGUGAUCUGCUGGUGACCCGCAUGCCCUUUGCAGUGUUAAACGUGUGGUGUUGACAGUGUUUUCUUGAUGUUGUUGUUUCACACAGUUCCCUGCCCUCCUCCCUUCCCUCGCAGUGCCCAUUUUAUUUCUGUUCUCCUCUUUGGGUUGGGGUGAGGAGGAGUCUAACAUGUAGGGAAGGGAGCCACCCACUUAGCUUAUUUCCCACCCCCCAACCCCAACUCUCAAGAACAAGCCUGCUCUACCCCGACUCUUGCCACUGCUCAGACCAGGCCUUGAACCCCUCAGAACUUCCCCAGGCUUGGGGGUUAUCCUGCAGCAAGGCAUUCUGGGUGAUGGCCUUGGGGGUGGUGAGCCAAAGUGACUGUGAGUCCCAUUAGAGACUCUCACUGCCACUUUGGACAUUUGAAGUCACCUGUUGCUGCUACUCUUACCCUCUCUUCCCCCCUCCUCCACCUACCCCUUCUCCCCACCCCCUGCCAGCAUCAGCCCUGGAAGCCCAGGGUGAGCACACUCAGCUUCACUCUCCCCAUCUAUCAGCCUUGAGCCAGACUCCCCUCCCCAUGCCCACCCCCUGCCACUGAGAGCACUUGAGCUAAGCCCCUCCCCAUCCCCUGCCCUUAUAUUUAUUUAUCAGUCCCCGGGAAGCCCAGAAUUUGCAGGACUGGAGAGCUCAUAUGUCUCUUCUUUUGCCCCUGCCUCCCAACCAAUGCCCUGUUCUUCACGAUCUCCUGAGAAGGAGGAGGAAAAGAUGAUUUCCCCCGGGCCCUGGGCCCUGAUCCACCAUCUGAUGCCCUUCCCUGGGUCAGAGCAUUCUUCUAAUGGUCUAACCAUGGUUCUUCUUGCUACAGAUGGUGUGUACAUCAUGCUUCAUCAGGGAAGUGGCCUGUUGCCAUGAGCCCUUCUUCCAGAAAUGCCACCCCUCUGGGGACUCGAAGGCCACUUUGACCCUGUACCCUGAUCUAUGCCCCCCUUUCUCCCCUUCCUUCUCUGGGUGGGUGGAUGGAUUCAGAGCAGAGGGGACAGGGAUAGGGCUGCUUCCUUGAGAGAGGAAGCCACGGCUCUGUCCCUACCCUGUCUCCUCUUCCCGCCAGGUUCCCCAGGCCUCCCCUCAUCCAUAUUUCCUUGAUGCCACUGGCCCAUUAGCCUCUGCUCCAGGAGGGGCCGACAGAGGAAGGAGGACAAAUACUCAAGCCCCCUUCUCCUUGAAUCUGACUUGAAGCUUUCCUGCCUGAGUCUCUCUACUACUAAAUGCAGACAUGGAAGGGACUCUGAGAAACAGCUACUAAAUGAGGGUUCAGGGUACCCAGCAGCAGGACUGAGUUCUCCCUCUUUCUCCAGGCCCUGCUUUUUCUCUGCAUCUGAAGAGGAGAAGAUGGUGGGCCUGAUACAAAGGUCCCUCUCACUUACCUGUGGAUGAGGUUCACCUGCUAGGAAGUCAGGACAGGGAAGAAGGGAUGGCCAGGACAAAGUGGGGAGUUGCUUGCUGGGCUUCCCCUCCCAUUCCUAACCCCUACCUUGUCCGGCUCCUUUCCACCCCAUCCCAUUCUCCUGCAGCUCCGUAAACCAUGGGUUCAAAGUCUUAGAACCCUAGGGCAGGGUCGCCUUGAAGAAUGGCAUUCUGGGUAACAUGAUGCAAACCAGCCAGGACUUGGUGCAUCUCUAUCUUUCGGAAGACUUAGGAGAAGGGCUGGAGGAUUCUUCAAGGAGAUCGGUGGGCAGAGGGUUGGGAGGGUGGCUGGGCAAGAACCGGUGGGGCUGGUACAAAUGCAGAGAGAAGCCAGGAAGGAAAGAGAAGGAAGACAUCCCAAGGCACCAAAACCUAAAGCUAGAAAAAAAAAAAGUGGACCCAAGGCACUUGCCUUGAUGGGCUGGUUUCAGUUUUAGGCCAGAAGCACCCAUCUGUUAGGAACUCUAUUGUAUGCCCAGAUAUGUGUACACACAAGCAUCUCUGGAUGUAUGACUGUGUGUCUUUUAGCACUAGAUUUAGAUGGGGGCAUCCUAACUAAUACAGCCCCUGCCUCCCCCACACAUAAGGCCCCACCUGCAGUGGGUUUUCGGAAUAAAGCACUUUUGAUGUCGGGGCCCUGGUGGUGGCGCCCCCUGCACCAUCCCACCCUGCCCAAUUUGCUAUAAUAUUAUUUUAUACACAAAAAACAAUUUUUUUGGUUGCAGAAAUGUUACAAUUUGUUUUUUUUGUCUGUCUUUAUAAACUAUUAUGAGUACUAUUUUUGUUAUAAUUCAAAAUAGAUAUUUAGUAUAAAGGGUUUUUUUGCUGUUAAAUAUUUGUUAUUUAGUAAACUAUGACCCCUUGCCCCCAUUAUUGUAAACGUGGUUCAAAAAUAUUAAUAUGUUUUUAUCGCAACCAUUUUUGUUGUUGGUUUUUUAAUAUUGAGCAAAGAGCGCACUGUGUUUUUGCAUUUUUUUUUUGGUCAUUGUUACGGAGCUGGUGCUGUGUGUGUGAGUGUGUUCUCUGUUGUGUGUUUUUUAAUAUGUAUAUAAUAUUUCGUGUGGCAUAUUAAAAAUGAAUGUUGUGUGAUUUGUGAUCUCGAACAUAAUCAAUGUGGCUAUUUUAUAGACUUCCAUAAUAAAAAAAAGGGGCUCUGCCUGGCCUUCCUUCUCUUUUUGG